GAAGGCAACAAUAUGUAAACUUUAUUGUGAAAGUAACAGGGAGCGGGAGUCCGAGGCUGUUUUGCUGGAAGAUAUGAGUUCAUGCUAACGACAGCUAGUUUUGUCUAAAAGGUAUUUAGAGUUUACUUAGUUAUGCUUACGGACGUCUCCCGUAGCUCACCACACGUGCUAACCGAGAACUUGUGCGUUAGCAGAUUAGCUAGCCGAGAGACGUCACUUUGAGGCACGGCGUAAACUUUGCGCGUUCACCGACAUUUGGUGUGUUUUCGUUUAGCCGAACACAGUUAUCUGUAAAUCACCGAGUCACUGUCUUCACUUUUUUGGGGGGGGCUCCUUAUUAUCCACCUCCGAACGGGAGACUCUGGCUCUGCCGUCUUUACCACCCGCAAACACCCGCCAUGGGGACGCGGUGGUCUCGUAGCGGCAGCAGCCAGUCUCUCCUCCCGGAGGAACAGAGGGUGACGCGGUACACUGAACGCAGAGAGUCCGAUAACGACUCUUUGGAUGGGCUAGUCCGCCGGGAGGACAUAGCCCAGUUCCCGUACGUGGAGUUCACCGGCAGAGACAGCAUAACUUGUCCGACCUGCCAAGGCACUGGACGCAUACCUUCAGAACAAGUGAAUGAACUGGUUGCACUGAUCCCGUACAAUGACCAAAGACUGCAGCCCCAAAGAACGAAGCUCUACGUGGUCCUGUCAGUUGUGCUCUGCCUGCUGGCCUCUUCGCUUGUUGCCUUCUUUCUUUUUCCACGCCCAGUGGUUGUGGUGGACGGAGGGAUCCGCUCGGUGACGGUGAGGUUCGACCGCAACAACACAAAGGUCCUGAUGAACAUGACGAGCACGCUCAACUUCAGCAACCCCAACUUCUUCUCGGUGCAUGUGCAGAGCAUCAGCUCCCAGGUCCUCUACAUGAAGACGGUGAUCGGGACUGAGCUGCUCCACAAUGUCACCACGGUGCUGCCGCUCAGCGCGUGUCAGGUGAACUACACUGUCAGUGUGGAGAUCGGCAGUAACGCUCCGUACGUCUAUACGUUAUGCACCAUGCCCAGCAUCAAGGUUCACAACAUUCUCGUACUCAUGCAAACCUCAGUGAAAACCUCGUACAUGGUGCGAACGUCCCAGAACAGCCUGGAGGCCUAUCGCUACAUCGACUGCGGCUCCAACACCACGUACCAGCAGCCGCAGAAUUACAGGAUCCGCUCCUCUGCUGACACAACGGCCCUAUCCCUCCAUCACUCUCUUCUGUGAGGGGCGCAGAUCUGGGACUACAAGGACUACGUUAGUGUACACUGCAGGAUGGACUAACAGCUCGGCAGCAGGGAAAUGCCUAAUAUCGUCUCGUUUUCUAGACUUGCUAAAAAGAGCCGACAUUGACCUGCUGUCAUCUUGUGCUAAUCCAGGAUUUGGCUGUUUCUCGGAAAACAAGGGCUCUGACAGGGAAAUGUUGUUCUAGCCGUCAACAGAUAAGGGGUCUUUGAUGGACUUGUGAAAUAUUGAAUUAUGGCCUGUAUUGUCAAGCUCAGCACUGCAUUUGUGAAAUGGUCUUGCCUGACUCCACGUCUAAGUCCAGAGAGCAGUUUUGCUGUUUCAGAGCAAAAUGAGUCUGAGUGGAAAACUGAAUGAGUCACUAGCAGCGAGCACUCCUUGUAUUGUAAGCAGGACAAAGGUCACAGAAAGCUCUUUCUUUAAGGGAACAUUCUCAGCCAGGAUGCUAUUCGCGUUAAUUAUGGCUGCAGAGCUCCCUCUCUGUGCUGCUGCUGUAAUGUCAUUAGAAUUCAAUCUAAAUUCCUUAGUGUGGCUUGAAUGACUGUUACACUGUGAUCACUACUAACUGUUGUUUUUUGUGUUUUUUUUGGCAGCUUGAAACUGGUGUGGAUUGUAGAUGUUUUUUAAUGGUUCAAUAAGUUAUUGCCUGCCAAGUCUCAUUUGAGCACAUCUAUAAGGAGAAGAGGGAUAACGUCAUGUUUUCUUCCAGUGAAACUCCAUUUAACUGCUUCUACUGUUCCCUCAGUAGAAAUCUACUCACAGAAUCCUUAAUACAGAUCGGGUUAAGCUACAAAAAGAGAAGUCCCACCACCACACCACAGGAGUGCAAUUUAAAAUAAAAACGACGCCUUUAGUGAGAGAGCUGAUUAUUUAAAGUGAGACAUUAUUUCCAGCUGAACCCACCGAGCUUUACACAUGCAGAUAAAUCUCAGGCAGGCUCAGAGAACGCUGUUAUGCAGUAUUUAAAAAGUGGCAGUACUGUAAUACCAAUGCUAAUAAUUAUAAAAAUAGUAUAUCCUGCUGCAUACGGUUCCCUGUGAUUCCCACCUCUUUGUGCAGAGUAAUCUGCAGCGUCCCAACCGGAAGACGGCACGUCCUCUACAAGCACAGCCAGGGUCGUGCAGGGAGUGACCAUCUAUGAGUCCCACAGUAAUGUUCUGAGGCGUCUGAGGGACAUUUCAUUCAAACAACUUCAACUGUAGUGCACACAGUAGAUUUAAAAAGGCUGCAGGUAUUUGAGCAUCAACAAAAUCUUCAGUCGCCUUAAUAUAAAACUGAUGUUAGGAUUUGAGUUUGAGGCAGUGGAGGAGAUCAGAAUGAGACUGGGUGGUACUACCCAGAGAGAGAAAAAUUGACUGUGUGUUCUUUAAUGGGUUAAUUGGUUAAACUUUGACAAUAAAGAUUUGCAGCUGCACUCAGCGUUUACACUGCUUCUGCCAGACUCACUGUAAUAGCAUCACAUGUAUUUCCUUCUGAUUUGCAGCUUUUCUAACUCCCUGUGUGAUGGAUUUCAGCACCUUCUCACGCUGCCUGGAGGCUGACUGUAACUUUGCCUUUAGACCAGCUUCAGUGUGGAAGCAGUUUGACAGGAGAUCGACAAAUGCUGUAAAUUUCUGAAACAUUUUUACGUAUUUGUUUGUGUUUUUUAUUUCACCAAUAAAUGUUUUGGUUUAAGUUUUCCCCAAAAAAGGAAGAGACAUUAAAGGGAUUUGUGAAUUAAUAAAAUUAAUAAUGAAUACCAA